AUGGACGACGAGUUCGCUCGCGAAGUUCUUCGGCUCGCCGAAGGUCAAACGGUCGAAGACUUUGAAACAGAUCUGAAAAAUCAAGCACAACACCUGGACAUUGACAUAGCUUCGCUCGAAAACACCUUGAAGGACAAGGGUCAGAAAGCGACGUCAAGUCUUACAAGCUCUACACACCCUCGCCGCUCUAUCUCCACCGGCUCUCAUGGCUCGCAUUCUACAGAUUUCACAGACGCGUCCCGGAUAUCAAGAGACUGUCCUCACGCCAGGGCUCGACCAGGUCGUGGGCGGCGCAGUUCCGCCACAUCGGUGUCCAUCCGGGAUUAUGAUUCAAUAGUCAACCACGCCAGAUUCGAUUACCGUCGCUCUUCCUUCAACUUCGCUACCUCUCCCAUCAUCUCGCCAUCUCCUUCCACGUUCUCACUAUCCUCCGUAUGGUCUCGCUCACGAGAGUCGUCACCGAAAAGGCAUAUCAUCACAAGAGGACUGAGCAGAUUGAGGUUAAGGAGAACCGAUUCGGGAGAUUCAACCAGAGAGAAAGAUGAUUGCCCUCACUGCCCUCAAAGUGGAUCUCGACACCGCCGAACCUUACACACGCUGUCUUGCGGACAUCGCUAUUGUACACUCGCCCUGCGCAAGAUAAUCAAAGACUCGCUCAACGACGAGAACAUUCCACCGACAUGCUGCAAGCGUCCGAUCCCGGGUAGUCUGGUCGCAAGCGUGAUGAGUCAAGAAGAGCAGGAUGCUCUGAUGAAUAUGCUGGUUGCUUGGGACGAUGAAGCGACUACAACACCACCUACGAUAUAUGAGUCGACAUCGCACCCUACGUCAUUUCCGAAAUCACGAUCCCAGUCGAGAUCUCCGACAUGUGGAGCCCAAGAACAUUCACCGUCAGAGGAAACAAAAAGAAAUUUAGAAAUUGCGACGGAACUGCCUGGCUUCAAGGAGCUCAGACAAAACCAAGAGCGGCAGCGCGACAACUUGACAGCUUGGGCUGCGAGAAAGAGACAGGGUGUGAUCGACGGGUAUGCUGUGCGUAAGCUACAGCUACUACCUUAUUUCGACCGACAAAAGGAUCAGCUGGCCGAGAAGCAGAGCGCUGCUAUCGCUCGCAUCGAAGACAAGCAUGUAGUUGACGAGCACGAGAUGCGCGAAGGACAUGAAAUCGAGACCAGGAACAAUGCGAUCGCCCUCAAACAUAUGGAAGCAUACUGUCGAGGAGAAACUACAAGUGGUGAACGCCACGACAGAGCCAUUACGGAUAGAGAUCUGGCCGAGCUUACGAAAGCCAGACGAGCACGCGACCAGAUGGAUGCCAAACACUCUGGUGCUAUCAGUGUACUCAGGGGUGAGCAAAGCAGACGCAUCAGCCAACGACUAGUCAAGCAAGAGGAAGAGCUGUCGGAACUUGAAUCACGCCAGAUGAAAGAGCUCGAAAGUCUGCAACGCGAGUGCGACGACAUGGUACGCGAUUGGGACGAAGAAACACAGAAGAGAAGGAGCAAGCUCGAAAGAUGGUGGACCAUGCAAGUGGAGAUCUGGCGGAAGAACCUGGAACAGGAGACAGGAGUUCAAUUUUCAGAAGAUCUGCCACCGAUACAAUGGCCACUUCCUGACAACAAUGAGACUAUCAAGAGAAAGGACCCGACAAAAAGACACACCAUUGCAGGAUCUCCAGCUCCUGGGUUGCAGUCGCAUGGAAGGCGUGAAUUAAGCAGUAUCAGCCCAACUCGCAAACACCAUCGGAUCAGUACUGCCUUCACCAUCAGAAGCGGUAUGAUUGGCAAGGCAUAA